GGGAAAGGAUUAGGGUUUAUGUAAUCCAAUUACCGUGCACUUCGCCGUUGGCACUAUUAUUGAUGGCGAAUCGUACGGAUCCAGCAGCAAGGAGCAUAAGAGGGACGAAUCCUCAGAACUUGGUUGAGAAGAUUCUCCGAUCGAAGAUCUAUCAGAAUACCUAUUGGAAGGAGCAAUGUUUCGGCUUAACGGCGGAGACCUUGGUCGACAAGGCGAUGGAGCUCGACCACCUCGGCGGUACCUACGGUGGCAACCGCAAGCCCACCCCAUUCAUGUGCCUCGUCAUGAAGAUGCUCCAAAUUCAGCCCGAGAAGGAAAUCGUCAUUGAGUUUAUCAAGAACGAGGAUUACAAAUAUGUGAGGAUACUUGGUGCUUUUUAUUUGCGUCUUACUGGAUCUGAUAUUGAUGUGUACCGGUACCUGGAACCUUUAUACAAUGACUAUCGGAAACUGAGGCGAAAGUUAAAUGAUGGACAGUUUAGUUUGACACACGUGGAUGAGGUCAUUGACGAACUUCUCACAAAAGAUUAUUCCUGUGAUGUUGCGUUGCCGCGCGUCAAGAAAAGGUGGACUCUUGAAUCUCUUAGUCAACUAGAACUUAGACGAAGUGCACUUGAAGAAGAUUUUGAGGAGGAAGAAGAGAAAGAGGAUAAUGACCAACCUGUUGAUGAGCUUGAAGAUAAGGCCUAUGAGAAGGAUUAUUAUCGUGGGCGAAGCCCUACAAGGGAAAGAGAUAGGGAUAGAAGACGUGAUAGUCAUAGAUACAGGGAUCGUGACUAUGACAGAGAUUAUGAUAGAGAUCGUGGACGUGGCCGAGAUAGAGACAGGGAAAAGGAGAGGGAUAGAGAUAGGGAGAGGGACAGAGAUCGAUAUCGUCUAAGGGAAGAAAAGGAUUAUGGUCGUGAGAGGGAGGGUAGGGAGCGGGAGAGGAGAGACAGAGAUCGGGACCGUGGAAGGCGAAGGAGCUACUCAAGGAGUCGUAGUAGGAGUAGGGAUCGCAAGGAUCAUGAUGUUGGGGACUACAGAAAGAGACAUGGUCGGAGUAGCUUAAGUCCUAGAAGGCAUGGAGAUGGACUUGAGGAUGGUGAGCCAAAGAAGAAAAAGGAGAAGAAAGAAAAGAAGGAAAAGAAGGAUGAUGGGACUGACCAUCCAGAUCCAGAGAUUGCAGAAGCAAACAAGCUACGAGCCGCCCUGGGUUUGAAACCACUGAAGCUCUGAUUUGAGCAAUGUGGCUUGAAUUUGCUCUUUUGGAACCACGGAAGACCCGAAGAUAAAAUGGUAAUAGCAUUUUACCUCGUGGUUUGUGGCACUUGACGCGCUGCUUGCCUUUCCUGCACUUCCCAAGUGGCAGUUAUCCGAUCAAUGGGAAAAGUGUCUCAUAAGUUUACUGUUCGCCAGCUUGAGCUUGGUUGUCCAUAGCUUUCAUUUUGAUUGAUUGCAUAUGUUUUGAUGAGACCAUAUCCGGAGCCUAAAUAUGAAAUUUGAACUACAGAAAAUUUCAGCAGCCUUGUCAUUGGAGUAUAUAAUUAACUCUUAAUCGAAUUU